CGGAACCCGCGGGCGGCGGCAGCGGUUUCCCUUGAACCUGCCGGGGACUCUAGAGGGAGCACACAGGAAAAGCAGGGCGGCGAUCAGGGCUGGUCUUGUGAACCUCUAAGAGAAGAUGACCGUGUUCUUUAAAACCCUUCGAAAUCACUGGAAGAAGACUACCACUGGGCUCUGCCUGCUGACCUGGGGGGGCCAUUGGCUCUAUGGAAAACACUGUGAUAACCUGCUAAGGAGAGCAGCCUGUCAAGAAGCUCAGGUGUUUGGCAAUCAGCUUAUUCCUCCCAAUGCGCAAGUGAAGAAGGCAACUGUCUUUCUCAAUCCUGCAGCUUGUAAAGGCAAAGCCAGGACUCUAUUUGAAAAAAAUGCUGCCCCGAUUUUGCAUUUAUCUGGCAUGGAUGUAACCAUCAUCAAGACAGAUUAUGAGGGACAAGCCAAGAAGCUCUUGGAAUUAAUGGAAAGCACAGAUGUGAUCAUUGUUGCUGGAGGGGAUGGAACCCUGCAGGAGGUUGUUACUGGAAUUCUUCGAAGAACAGAUGAGGCUACCUUCAGUAAGAUUCCCAUUGGAUUUAUCCCACUGGGACAGACCAGUAGUUUGGGUCAUACCCUCUUUGCUGAAAGUGGAAACAAAGUCCAGCAUAUUACAGAUGCUGCACUUGCCAUCGUGAAAGGAGAAACUGUCCCACUAGAUGUCUUACAGAUCAAGGGUGAAAAGGAACAACCUGUGUUUGCAAUGACCGGCCUUCGCUGGGGAUCCUUCAGAGAUGCUGGCGUCACAGUUAGCAAGUACUGGUAUCUUGGGCCUCUAAAAACCAAAGCAGCCCACUUUUUCAGCACUCUGAAGGAUUGGCCUCAGACUCAUCAAGCCUCUAUCUCUUACAUGGGACCUUCAGAGAGACCUCCCAGUGAACCAGAAGAGACGCCUCCCCGGCCGUCUUUGUACAGGAGAAUAUUACGAAGGCUGGCGUCAUACUGGGCACAACCACAGGAUGCCCUCUCUCCGGAGGUGAGCCCAGAGGUCUGGAAAGAAGUGCAGCUGUCAACCAUUGAACUGUCCAUCACCACACGGAACAGUCAGCUUGACCUGAUGAGCAAAGAUGACUUUAUGAACAUCUGCAUUGAACCCGACACCAUCAGCAAAGGAGACUUUAUAACUAUAGGAAGUAGAAAGAUGAGAAACCCCAAGCUGCUUGCUGAGGGCACGGAGUGUCUCCAGGCCAGCAGGUGUGCCUUCCGUCUGCCUGAGGGAGCCGGGGGCUCCUUCAGCAUUGACAGUGAGGAGUUCGAAGCGAUGCCCGUGGAGGUGAAGCUGCUCCCCAGGAAGCUGCAGUUCUUCUGUGACCCUAGGAAGAGGGAACAGACGCUGCGGAGCACAGCCCCGUGAAUGGGCAGGAGAUGAGUGCUGGGUGCUCCAAGGCCACGCUUUAGGCCACCAGUGGGACCAAAAGGGAACAGGUGCCUCAGCUGUCACAGGACCCCAGGGCAUUUCAUGGCAAGUCCCCCUGCCUUCUUCCAGCCAUGCUUCCCAAGGUGUACUGUGCCACCAGCUUUGCUAGCGCAUGCUUUUAUUUUAGUGUUAACAAUCGUCCCUCCUAAAUAUUUUCCUCAGGCUGGUUCAAGAAAAUCCUCAGAUUGGUUGGGUGGAAAGGCUUUCUUUCGUUUUCUCCCAAAGUGCAACCCCAGUGGAGAGCAGGCUCCUUAGUAUGCUCCCCCAUCCUGCACUGUUUGACCGUCCUAGGAAAACCCGGGGAAGUGCCUGCCUUCCCCCGCUGCCCUUUCUUGUUUCUAGGCUUCUCCCGGGUGCUGCUGUGCUAUGAGCUGUGGCUCUUUUUAGCUUUCAUUUCAGUUCUAUCCUCAAUCUAGAAACAUAUGUGAGGGUGUUUUCCUCUUCUGCCAUGGCUAAAAAUACUAUAGAAUGCUAGUUUUUAUUUUUUUAAAGUAGUGCUUCCUAAAUGUUGGUUUGCAUGAGAGCCACAUGGGGUGCAUGUUGAAAACUGAUUUUCUUGGGGCCCACUCCAUUGUGGUAAUUCAAUGACCUCAAAAACCGGCCACCCUUCCCAGCUGAUUCUUUAAGUGGUCCACAAACUAUUCUGCUCAUGUAGCCCCAAAGUAUUUUGAAAAAUCAUGUAUUUCCUCAUAUAUCUAAGUUGAUAUCUAUAAUUUUUCAUGAGAAGUUAAAUAGUUGCCAAAAUAUGUACUUUCUGGUGUCAUGUAAAUAUUAUUUUAAAAUAACUGUUACAUUACUUUCAAACAUAUCAAGUGUAAUUUAAAUACCAUACCAAUUUGUCGGCCUUCAUUCAUCUGUAAAAAUAAAUGAACUAGUCUUUUAGUAGAAAAUUUAAAAUUGGUUUUUUACUUUGUGUAUUUCAUGCCACAUUCAGCAAAGAAUCAUAAUGUGGUAUAUUUUUGUGCUUGACAUUAAUUCUUCUCAUCAACAAAAAAUAUAACUAGAAAUAAAUUUCAGUUCUUGCUUUGUUAUGUUAUGUAAACA